AUGAAGUUGGGUGUAAAAACUCAAUAUAAAGAGAAGCCAGAUUUGAAAGAGUUUUCUUCUCCAUAUUUGUCACAAAAUUUCGUUCCUGACAUGUUAAAAACAUACAAUCGUCGAGUUCGUCAGAGGCAAGCUCAAACACGUGCUGAAGAAACACGAGCCCGACUUUGACACGAGAAACGUAAAGAGAAAGAUGCACUUCUGGCUGAAAUUUUACACAACAAAUUAAAACUCCAAGAAAAAAAGAUUAUCGAACAACCCACACUUCCUGAGCUGACUUCCGACAUGAGCGAACACAUAAACAAAGCACUAGUUCCAUAUCCUCCAAAUCAAGUCUCUGAGUGUUUCAACAUUUCAAUAACCCGCGAGCACAUGUCGACUUUGUUCGGUCUAAAUUGGCUUAAUGAUGAAAUUAUAAAUUUUUAUAUGGAAUUGAUUGUUCAGCGCUCUAAAGAUGUAAAAUAUUACCCCGCAGUACAUUCCAUGAAUACAUUCUUUUAUCCUCGAUUGAGUACACAAUCUUAUACAUCAGUACGUCGGUGGACAAAAAAAGUUGAUAUAUUUUCCAAAGACAUCGUUCUGUAUCCAAUACAUCUUGGCGUGCAUUGGUGUCUAGCUGUCGUUGAUUUCAUAUCGAAACAAAUAAGAUAUUAUGAUUCAAUGGGUGGAGCCAAUCGGGAAUGCCUUGAAAUCCUAAAAAAUUAUCUUCUUUGUGAGCACAAGGAUAAAAAAGGAUCAGAGAUCAAUCUUUCUGACUGGCAACUGUUGUCAAUGUCUGAUAUACCGCAACAAAUGAAUGGAUCAGAUUGUGGAGUCUUUGCUUGCAAAUUUGCAGAGUAUAUUACUUCUAAAUCAGACUUAACAUUUUCCCAGCGAGAUAUGCCUUACUUUCGGCGAGCCAUGGUAUGGGAAAUUAUCAACAAAAAACUUCUACGGUGAUAUGACAUUGUACUAAUAUAUUUAUAUCAUUUUCGGAUCUUGUUUACUUUGGUAACCUUUGUUAAAUAUUAUUAUCUGCUUCCCAUCCAUUAUGAUAUCAUU